AUGCAGUCUUCUCCGCCGCCGGCGGACAACAGCAUUGCGAAGCUUUCUGCCUCGCUGCAACUGCUCUCCGCCAAGUCAGAGGCGGCCGCCAAAGCACUUGGCACAUUCGAGCUGGUCGAGAUGAUCGUCACCUACCUUCCACCAAAAGGUGUUGUCGCUGUGCAACGUGUCGGCCACAUCUGGAACAACGUCAGCAAAGACAUCAUCAAGCGCUCGCCAUACCUCACCGAAACACUCUCCACCAUACCGGUCUCGAGUGUCUCUCGGCUAGAAAAAAGCAAGUCCAGGCCAGAUACCCAGUUCGACUCGCUCUCGGCAAAAUCGCAAGACCCCAACGUGGUGGAUAGUAUGAUCAUAUGCAAGAUUCAUCCAGCAUUCACGAUACGGAAUACGGGCGACAAGUUGCAUCAGAGUCUGCAGCUCUCCAUCGGCUCGAAAGAGCUGUUGUCUUGGCGUCCAGGUCCGUGGCGAGCUAUGUUUGUCACUCAGCCACCAAUCACCUUCGACCUACUCUACGCCGUGAACGGACCCGCGGAUUCCAUUCGAACGCAGAAAGACGCAGCUCGGUUUGGUGAGACCGCGGUGACUCUGGGAGGCGAGGGCGCGGUGACUCUGGGGGCGGUUCAAGAUGUAGUACGGAAAUCAUUGGGAGGCCGUGCGCUGCCCGAUACCAAGUACGUCUUCCCGACGAGGAUCGUGUUCGACAAGGAGAGUCGUGAUCGCUUCUUCAUACAUGAAGAAAGCGGAUGGGUGAAAUUUGCACGCGAGCAUCCGGAGCGUCGUCUCAGCGAGUACUUCUUCGGUUUGAGGGUCAACUGGCAAGCAGUGGCUUAG